AAUUUACUUGGGGGGGAUGACUGAGGCUUCCAUCUUUGUGCAUGUGUCAGUGCAUGAUGUCUAUGGGAAGUGGAGUCCUCUAGUCCUGAACCCCAGCUUUACCAUAAUGCACUUACUAGGAUCUAACAAGGGUCAUCAGCUGCGAGAUAUCCAGGGUUUGUUUAACCGUUCUUCCAAGUCAUCUGUGGAUACAAACUCCAGUGACCUUUGGAAACGCUCCAUCAUUGAUCACCUACUGCGGCGCACAGCCAGUGCCUCAGCAAAGGGACGGAACAAGACCAAGAUGGCGCUAUCAGAGUCACUGGCUUCAAUAUCAGACCAAAAGAAUAGCAAAGGAGCAAGAGCACAGGACAUGUCAAGGAAAGAAGGAGGUGUGGAGAAGCGUUACCAGCCAUGAGGUCCCCUCACCCACAGACCUAUGUCCAUGC